UCACAAGCACUGCGCCGCGUCUCCUUUUGCGCAGGAAAAGUUUCCAGAUGAGGAAGGAAAACUCCAGAUGAAACGACUGAGAUCUGUGGGACAAACUGCUGUAAAGAUGGAGUUUAUUAAAGAAGAGAGUGAAGACAUCAGUAUUACACAAACAUGUGGGAUAAAAACUGAAGAUACUGAAGAACAAAUAGAUCUGUUGGAGCUGAAAGAGGAAAGUAAAGAACUGAAUGAAGUGGAGGAGAAACAUCAGUAUCACAAACCUGAUCAUUUUCAAACAGAAGAACAACAUUUUAUUCGCUCACAAUCUGGAAGGGAUUUUUCACAAAAAAGAACUCUAAGAACAGGAGCCAAAAAAGAAUUCACCUGUCCUCAGUGUGGAAAGAGUUUCAUGCUUAAAGGAAACCUUAAGAGUCACAGAAGAAUUCACUCUGGAGAGAAGCCUUUCACAUGUCAUCAGUGUGGAAAGAGUUACACACACAAAGAAAACCUUAAUCGUCACAUGAGAAUUCACUCUGGAGAGAAGCCUUUCACUUGCCAUCUGUGUGGAAAGACUUUCACUCGUAAAAGAGGCCUUCAGAUUCACAUCAAAAUUCACUUAGGAGAGAAGCCUUUCACAUGUCAUCAGUGUGGAAAGAGUUUCAGUCAAAAGGAACACCUUAAGAAUCACAUAAGAAUUCACACCGGAGAGAAGCCUUUCACAUGUCAUCAGUGUGGGAAGAGUUUCACAGAGAAAGGGACCCUUAAAAAUCACAUAAAAAUUCAUACUGGAGAGAGAAGUUUUGUAUGUCAUCAGUGUGGGAAGAGUUUUACAGAGAAAGGGAAACUAAAUAGACACAUAAGAAUUCAUACUGGAGAGAAGCCUUUCACAUGCCAUCAGUGUGGAAAGAGUUACACAGAGAAGGGAACCCUUAAGAAUCACAUAAAAAUUCAUACUGGAGAAAGAAGUUUUGUAUGCCAUCAGUUUAAAUAAAACAGGACACCUAAACAAUCAGACAAGCCCUCUCACAUGCCAUCAGUGUGAGAGUUAGGGCCCCGGCAGACUCACAAAGAAGUUCUUAUUCGUUCUUCGCUCAGAGCCAAAAAGAAGUUCGAAACAGCUGAGCAACAGCAUACUGUUUGCAAAUGUUGAGUAGAUAAUGCUUAAUUUAUAUUUUUUAUGAUGACACAUGUAUGGGUGGGUGUAUAAAAGAGUGUUAAUGAUCAGAAUACAGACAAAAGAAUGACAAUAAGAGGCAUUUCUCACUUUGGGCAGAUGUGUGAAUGGAUUUCGGCUACAGACGGCACAUGAGUGAAGCAGCAUAUCAAACAACAGAGUGAAUAGGCACUAAAGUGUAUUUGUGUAGAUUUUUUUUUUUU